AUGGUGAAGAAAUCAGCCAACGGAGAGGUCUACCCGCCUCCAGCCGGGGAGCGGAGGCUGAAGGUGGGCUUCGUGGGGCUGGAGCCUGGCGCCGCGGACACUGGCCGAGACGGGACGCUGCUGAUCGGCGCCGCGGAAGGCUCUAAGCGCGUGGGGAUCCUGUGCAGAACGCGCUCGGGCGGCGGCAGAGCGCACAAGAGGAACGCCGGUUACCGGAGACUGCAGAAUUUCCUCUACAACGCGCUCGAGAGGCCGCGCGGCUGGGCGUUCGUUUACCACGCUUACGUCUUUCUGCUGGUGUUCUCCUGCCUUAUGCUCUCCGUGUUUGCUACUAUAAAAGAGUUCAAAAAAAGCUCAGAGAGUGCCUUGUACAUUCUGGAAAUAGUGACUAUCGUAGUGUUUGGUGUGGAGUAUAUAGUGCGGAUCUGGGCCGCUGGUUGCUGCUGUCGGUAUAGAGGAUGGAGAGGGAGGCUGAAGUUCGCCCGCAAGCCUUUCUGUGUUAUAGAUAUCAUGGUGCUCUUUGCCUCUGUGUCUGUGUUGGCGGCUGGCUCACAGGGCAACGUCUUUGCCACCUCUGCUAUACGCAGCUUGAGGUUUCUGCAGAUCCUUCGUAUGCUGCGCAUGGACCGCCGAGCAGGAACAUGGAAACUGCUGGGAUCUGUAGUCUACGCACAUAGCAAGGAGCUCAUCACUGCAUGGUACAUUGGUUUCCUCUGUCUCAUCCUCGCCUCUUUUCUGGUGUACUCAGUGGAGAAGGAUGACAAUGCAGAGAUGUUUGAGACCUAUGCUGAUGCUCUCUGGUGGGGGCUGAUCACUUUGACCACCAUCGGCUAUGGGGAUAAGUUUCCUAUAACAUGGAAUGGCCGUCUGAUUGCUGCAACCUUCAGUUUGAUUGGUGUGGCCUUCUUUGCACUCCCAGCAGGUAUCCUGGGUUCUGGCUUUGCUCUGAAGGUCCAAGAGCAGCACAGGCAGAAGCACUUUGAGAAACGACGGAACCCUGCUGCAGGACUUAUUCAGUCUGCCUGGAGAUUUUACGCAACAAACCUCUCACGAACAGACCUGCUGUCAACUUGGGACUUCUUUGGACAAACUGUGUCAGUCCCUAUGUACAGGCUGGUUCCUCCUCUGAAUCAACUGGACCUCUUGCGUAGUCUGAAGGGAAAAUCUGGAUUCAGAAAGGACUCUCAGCCUGAAGCUUCUCCCAGUAGUGAGAUUUCACACAAAGACACCCUCUGUGGGUGUUGCCCAAGAAGCCCUAGUCGUAAACCAAGCCUUAAGGAGAAAACAUUCCCCAGCCCCUCUAAGAGUGCAGGGGGAAAGGACACUAAAUCACCCGGAGCAGAGGAAGGAGCAGGGGAGAGUCCUAGCAAAGUGCCAAAAAGCUGGAGCUUCACAGAUCGAAACAGAUCGAAACAGACCUUCAAGUUCAAAGAGGAAACUCGGCAAACCCCAGAAGUGCUGAUUGAGAUGCAGGAGGAAGACUUCGGAAUGAAGAGUUCUCCAGCAAUUGAGGGGUUGAUCAAGGCGAGUCUCCCUGAUGACUUUGGAGAUGAUAAGACUUGCCAUUGUAAUUUUCUGCAAGACCUGUCUCCUGCACUGAAGGCCGUCAUAAAGGCAGUCUGUGUCAUGCGUUUCCUAGUGUGUAAGAGGAGGUUUAAAGAGAGCUUGCGGCCCUAUGAUGUGAUGGAUGUGAUAGAGCAGUAUUCAGCAGGCCAUCUGGACAUGCUCUCCCGCAUCAAGAACCUGCAGUUCAGGAUAGAUUUGAUUUUGGGCCCCCCACCCCCUUCGACCCCUCGCCAUAGGAAGGUAGACCAGAUAGUGGGGAAGGGAGCAUCAGCUGGGGAUAAGGACAAACCCAAGAGUGAAGCUGAGCCAGCAGAUGACCCCAGUAUGAUGGGACGAUUAGUCAAGAUGGAGAAACAGGUGGGUGCAAUGGACCGUAAGCUGGACUUCCUGGUAAACGUAUACACUAUGCGCUUAGGCAUCCCACGGUCUGAAACAGAGGCUUUACUGGGCUUCAAAAUCCCUGACCCGGCACCCCCGUACCACAGCCCAGAGGACAAGAGUGAGAAAGUUCAGGAUGAGAAGGAAGAGAAGAAGAGCAAGAGCGUUUCAUCUGCGGAGCCAGGUUCAAAUGGAGCUCCUGCUGAUGGUCAGUGCCAUCCGUCCACCUCCUGGCAGCAGCAGCAUCAAAGUGAGCUGCCUCUGAAUGUGCCACUAUGGAACAGCAGUCGUGGGGUGUCCCCUGUGGGCACAGAUGACCCCUCUCUUUACCGCAUCCCACCCCCGCCUGCCCACGAGAGCAGUGAAAGUGGACGACAGCGGAGGUCCCGACGGUCCAGGGCUCAGGCCGGCGUGGAGAGUGACACGUCUCUUUCCAUUCCCUCAGUGGACCAUGAAGAGCUAGAGCGCUCCUUCAGCGGCUUCAGCAUCUCCCAGGCCAAAGAGGGGGGCUACCUUCCUCCAGUCAGCCUGGGCCCAUUCGGGGCAGAGGGGAGUGGGGGCAUGUGCACUCGCGUAAGGCCGUAUCUGGCCGAAGGCGAAUCGGACACGGACUCAGACCUCUACACACCUGGCGCCCCUUCUCCUCUGUCUUUUACUGGGGAAACUGUGGCCUUUGGAGACCGGGGCUGGCCAGGAUUCAAGUAGACUUCAGAAAUGGACCUUCAGAUCCUCUGAGGAGUGAAUAUAAUUUUAAAAAAGUAAAUGUGGAUCUACUGCUCAGAAUUUUGGAAUCAUCUUUCAAAAAUAUGGAAUUAUUGUUCAAAAGUUUGAAAUCACUCAAUAAUAUAACAUCAGUUUUGUUGUAGAUACAUGAAUAAAGCUAUUCUAAUGUGAUGCUACCAGUAUAAGUUUUAAAUGAUUUGUUGCAAGCCAUAAAAAAAUAUUUUGUGUCCAGAAUGACGAAAAAUGUAUUCUAGAUGAUUCCCUAAUAAUUGACAAGGCUACAUAUAAUCAGGAAUGAAGUUAUAAUAAGUCCAAAAUGGCUCAUAUUUGAAAAGUGGUAAUCAAAUCCUGGACUAGAGAACUUGACAAGAAAUUAUAGUCAGUAGAUUACACUGUAAUUCUGUAUUGUAAUUAUACAGAAUUACAGUAUGUUGUUCAGGAUUUAACCCCUUGGAGCCUAAGCUUAUUAUUACAGUUUAGUUUCAAUUCAAAUAACGUUUUUAAUCAGUAAUCAUAAGUAUUCAUAAGAAUAUGAAUUAUUCAGUUACUAACUACUAUAAAACUAAUUAUGAAACUAAUAAGCCAUGUAGAUAUGAGAGGAUUAAUCGCUACUUUUUUCAAAAAAAAUAUGUUAUAUUAAAUGAAACAUCUAAGGAUGCUUUCUGGUGUCAAGUUUUUAAUACUGAAAGCUACACUAUUGAGUAACUUAGCAUCAAUGAUUAUAUGGUAAGUGAUUUCAAACUUUUGAAUAGUGGUGUCAAUAACAUAGAACACUAAAUAUGAUGUACCCAAUGGACAUUCAGUGGACAUGCUUGUUAUGACUACUUUAUGGUGAUGGUGAAUAAUACUCGGACAGGAAUUCCAUACAUUGGAAGCCUGACAAUUCAAGGUGGCCAUCUUUGCACACUUAAAAAGUGGAUUCUGUGUGCAUGCAGGUAUUGGCAUGCAUCCCCUACACUUAAAAUCGAGUGGGUCACCUGUUUGUAUUAUUUAGAAUAGUUAAGGUACCAGCGCUUAUGCAAUAUUAAAAACACCUUACUUUAUGAUUGUACAUACAUAAUGAUUGUUCGCUUGCUACAUGAGACUAAUUCAGUUGCUCAUUCAGUUUUAUUGAUUUUGUAUGUUAAGCGAAUGUUAUUAUAGAAAAUGAGGGUAACGUAGGGAUUUAUGUAAGAUAUAUAAUGGAAAUUUAAUCGCCUUUAAAGAAAUUACCCCAACCAAAGAUAGAGGGAGCACUUGAAAACUGAGCAUGCCUUACACAUAAACAUUUUUUUUCUUUCACCUCAUAUGAACAUGGCUUUUCAUUUAUUUUUAUUGGUCCAAAUAGAAAUUACAGGUAAGAUUUUUACAGUUUACAUGCAUUUUAUAAUCUUUAUAAACAUCUGAGUCAUUGGUUAUCACUAGUCACUAAAUGUACUUUAUUGAAAGUCCUUUUCUGGUCAAACUCUCAUGGUACCUUCAUCCGAAUAACCUAGCGGUGUUUAUUGUGGCAAAUGCCUUUAGCUCAUUUUGCUCGCUAGAAACUUAGCUUGUGUUGCAAACAAAAAUAGAUGAUUCUGCAAGCAAAAGCAUCUUAAUUCCUUAAACCUAUGUUUAGCUCCUUUAAGAAGACAAAGCACUGACCAGUAAGGAAAUAUGAAAGGAUUAAGCUGAAUUCGAUGAACGUGAUGGCUAAGGGUCAUGAAGUCAAAAGAUGUUUUCACAUGCAAUGCAUUUUAGUUGAACUGAAAUGGUAUCUUGCAGCAAGACACCUUUACGCUUUAGUAACAAAAAUGGUGCCUCACAAUAUUCAGUCCCCCUGAUUACACCAACUGCAUGGCAUGUUUAGAGGAGCCUGACUUAAUUGAUGAUGGUAACACAAGAUUGUGCCUAUAGAAAUUAAAGAAACAGUGAUGAAAAGCAUCUCUGCAUUCAACUGUUUUCCUUGAUGCCAACACUGAAGAUAAUAACAAUAAUUACAUGAAGCAUUUACAUUAUGGUGAGACUGAAAUCUUUUUUCACCUUUAAAAAGACUGUUUUAGAGCAUGCUGGAAGGUUGUAAUCUGUAAGGAAAUAAAAUUGGCUUAAUCUCAA